UUUUGACGGUCAAAUUACGGUUUUCAAUUCCACUCAGUUGGAUUGAAGUUGAGGCAAUUCAACUACACGAAAACGAACAUUAGUUUUGAUUUAUAUUACGAUGACAACAGAGUUUGGAUCAAAAAUGAUACGCUGGCAUAAGAAAAAGCUAGUCAGUCAAAUCCAUUUGAACUCCCUAACAUCAUGUAAGACAAUAAUGGUACUCAUUUAAUUUCGCAUGUAUGCAAUAAUGGCGAACUUAGAAAGUUGCCAUUACGGUUAAAUGAGUGCCCAAUGGCAAAACAUGAUAGUAAAACUCGUACAAGUCAGCUGUUUAUUUGUUCAAAGUGAAUAUUUUAAAAUGCUGAGAGUGAGCGAAAAACAAAAACUUCUUAAAUUAUUAGAAGUAGCUGCAUUAAAUGAUUUAAUGAUUGUCGACAAUUUUUGUGAGGACGAAGAAGAGAAGACAAUAAAAGAAUAUUACAUAUUGGAGGAACUGCUGGUUGUUUUAGCCCUGGGCGAAGAAUGCAGGUACAGUGUGCCGUAUAUUCAAAAUAGUGUGCCUAAGUGUAAGGAAUUCUUAAACGACGUGUUAUGGGAACUUGAUGAGACUAGAUUCAAGAAGAUUACACGCUUAAACUGGAAAACCUUCGACUUUAUUUUAAAUUUAAUAAAGGAUGAUGCGUCGUUCAACCAAAUACGUUCUUGCAAACAAUUCCCUCUCAAAACACAAUUAGCAAUCGUAUUAUAUCGCUUAGGCUCAAAUGGUGAAGGCGCCACUCUGUCUAAGAUUGCUGGCUUGUUUGGAGUUAGUGAUGGUGGUAUCAUUCAGAAUUUGACUGACAGAAUUUUUAAAGCACUGUUAAAGCAUAAAGAUCAGUAUCUGUUUUGGCCAAAUAGCGAUGAACGUAAAAAGCUCGUGCCAGAAACCUGGGGUGAAUUGCCAAACUGCGUGGGAUACGUCGAUGGUAUUGAAAUUCCUUUGGCGGAAAAACCUUCUCAAGACCCAGAAGCUUACUUUUCACGAAAGCACCAAUACUCAGUUAAAGUUCAAGCCGUUUGUGACCAUUCGCUUCAAAUAAGACAUUUAGUGUUAGGCUAUCCAGGUAGCGUACAUGAUGCACGUAUUUUUGGUAACUGCGAAUUGUCGAAUGACACCGAUGUGUUUUUUGGAGGAGCUGAAUGGAUCGCAUGUGGCAGUGCCUAUAAAUUGUCACGAACUGUUAUAACACCAUUUAGAGAAAACUCUAGAGAACUAACACAGCGUCAGCGAACUUUCUUUAACAAAAUAUUCAGUCGUUAUAGGAUUAGAAAUGAGCAUUGUUAUGGCAUGUUGAUGGAAAGGUUUGGCAGCUUGAAAACGUUGAGACUUCAAAUAAAGGAUGAAAAAGGCAUGAAUAGAGUAGAGGAUUAUCUGCUGCGCGUUGUUGCACAAUAUUAUACUCCGACUUGACGAUCGUUUCGAUUACCAGCUUGAGGAAUCUGAGCACGUUGUCUUAGAGUCAUUACCUACUGCUCGAACUAAUGAAGGGGAAGCGGUACGCCGAACCAUCUAUGAAUUGUUAAGUUAUGCAAACAAUGAAUAAAAGAAUUUGUACUAACAA